AUGCUCUCAAAAAUUAGCAGAGGAAUCUCUCAAUCAAACAGAAAAUUCUCAACCAUUGCUUAACUCAAGGCCAGAGAAAUUCUUGACUCUAGAGGAAACCCAACUAUCGAAGCUGAUGUUAUUACCUCUACAGGUCAUGUAUUCAGAGCCGCAGUUCCAUCAGGUGCUUCCACUGGUAUUUAUGAGGCUUUAGAACUAAGAGAUAAGGAUGAGAAAAGAUACCUCGGCAAGGGAGUCCUCCAUGCAGUCGAUAAUGUUCAUAAAAUCCUUAGCCCAGCACUUAAGGGUCUUAAUGUUGUUGAUCAAAGCAAGAUUGAUAAAUUGAUGGUAGAAUAAUUAGAUGGCACUUAAAACGAAUGGGGAUGGUGCAAGCAAAAGGUAGGAGCUAAUGCCAUUCUUGCCGUAUCACUCGCUCUUGCUAGAGCUGGUGCUCAUGACAAAAAAAUUCCUCUCUAUCACUACUUAGCUGAGCUCGCUGGUAAGAGAACUGAUAAGUUUGUAACCCCAGUCCCAUCACUCAAUAUCAUUAAUGGAGGUGCUCAUGCUGGAAACAGUCUUGAAAUUCAAGAAUUCAUGAUCAUGCCAACUGGAGCCUCUAGCUUCAGAGAAGCUAUGAGAAUCGGAGCUGAAACUUAUCACCAUCUCUCCAAGCUCUUGAAGAAGAAGUACGGUAAAUCUGCUUCAAACGUUGGAGAUGAAGGUGGAUUCGGUGCACCCCAAAUUAAGGACGAAAAUGAGACUCUUGAACUCAUCCUUGAAGCCAUCUAAAGUGCUGGUCAUACUGGCAAGAUCGAUAUUGCCUUAGAUGCUGCUGCCUCUGAAUUCUUUGAUGGCAAGACCGGUAACUACAACCUCAGCCAAAAGACUGGAAAGAAUGACAGAAUCCUCACCCCUGAUCAACUCAUUGAUCUUUAUGCAAAUCUUGCUUCUCACUAUCCCAUUAAGUCCAUUGAGGAUCCAUUCGAUCAAGAUGAUUUCUCAUCUUAUCAAAAAUUAACUAAGAGAAUCGGAGAUAAAAUCCAAAUUGUUGGAGAUGAUCUUUUAGUCACUAACCCAAAGAGAGUUCAAUCUGGUAUUGAUGGUAAAUGGGUCAACGCCCUACUCUUAAAGGUCAACCAAAUUGGUUCAGUUACUGAGUCAAUUGAAGCCAGUAACAUGUCACAAAGAGCCGGUUGGGGAGUCAUGGUUUCUCACAGAAGUGGUGAAACUGAAGAUAACUUCAUUGGAGAUCUAGUUGUUGGUCUAGGAACUGGAGAAAUUAAGAGUGGAGCUCCAUGCAGAAGUGACAGACUCGCCAAGUACAACCAAAUCAUGAGAAUUGAGGAGGAACUCGGCAACAGAGCUGUCUAUGCUGGCCACCACUUCAGAGAUACCUCAAAGCUACUUUGA